AUUUAAACUCAUUUAAAUCAAAGAGAUAAUAUAUUAUUAUGUAAUUUCACUUCGGAAUAUAGAAAAAUUGUAAAAAAGAAAACCAUUGUUAGACUUAUACUAGUUCAAAGUCAGCAUUCAAGAAUUUCCUUGAACCGAAACCAUCUGUGUUAUUUUUUUCAUCCUCGAAGGGGGCUGAAAACAUUGAAAACGCAGGGCUUUGUUUUCACCGCUUUUCCCACCCUUGCAACUGCCGUUUUCCAUUGUCCUCCAAAAGAUGAAACAAGUUCCUGAAUUGAAUGCAGCCUCCCCCCUUCGCCACCGACCUCCACUAUUAACUAUCCCCAGCAACUCUUGCAGCUGCCCCAUUUUCUUUAUUAUUUUUCGUGACAACAGGUGCAACAGCUGCUAUAUCAUCUUUAUUCUCUUCGUUCCCACUCCCUUUCAGUGCUCCAAACAAAUAAAAGAAAACCAAAAAUAACCGAAACCGAAAAGUGCUAAUUAAUAACGCAACAGCAUAGCAGGAAAACCCAAUACUACGAAAUUCCCAAAAAACACAUCAAGUAUUAGUUAAUCAAAGAAAAUGGGAAAACUGCUGAGCCUGUUGUCACGCGACGACUCCAAUUGUUGCGCCGCCAAAUCCUACGAUGUCUUCCUGGACUUCGAGAACGCCGCGCCCACGGAAACGGAGCGGGCCAUCUACGACGAGGUGGAGCGCGUGCUCCGGGAAUCGGAGGUGGUGCUGGAGGAGAUACAGAUCUAUCGGGGUGCCGGCAAGGAGAUCCGAGAAGCCAUCGCCGAUCCCUCGCCGGAGGUGACCGCCAAGGCCUGGGCGGCGGUGCUGCCGCUGGUGAACAAGCUGAAGCGCUGCUACGAGCACUCCAUGGAGCUGGACAAGAUUGUGCCCAAGCUGCUGGGCCAGCUGGUGGGCGGCAAGCUGAAUCCGACACAGCAUCUGGAGACCCAGCAGGCGCUGGUCAAGCAGCUGGCCGAGAUCUUGGAGUUCGUGCUGAAGUUCGAUGAGUACAAGAUGAAAACCCCCGCCAUACAGAAUGAUUUUAGCUACUACAGACGCAUCGUCAGUCGACAGCGUGUGGACUCCACGGAGAACAUGCUGGUCAGCACGGAGCUGGCCAACCGGAUGUCCCUGUUCUACGCCCACGCCACGCCCAUGCUCAAGGUGCUGAGCGAGGCGACCUCAAAGUUCGUCAACGACAAUGCCGAUGAUGUCCAGAACACGACGGAAACGCUGGGCACCAUGGCGAAGGUGUGCCUGCGCAUGCUGGAAAAUCCAAAACUCCUGCAACAGAUCGAGCGUGAGGACACGAAAAUGCUGGUGCUGCGCGUGAUGGUCGGCCUGGUGAUCCUCUACGACCAUGUGCAUCCGGAGGGCGCCUUCGUGCGCGGCGCCCAUGUGGAUGUGAAGGGAUGCGUGCGACUGCUGCAGGCGCAACCGGCCAUCAAGGCGGAGCCGCUGCUGAAUGCCCUGCGAUACACGACGAAGCACUUGAAUGGGGAGAACACGCCGAAGAAUAUACAGCGUUUGUUGGCCGCAUAAUAUCGGAUAUCGGGGAUCGAUGGGCGUGGGCGUGGGCCGUUUGGGCGGAGAGUUCAUUAACGUUAAUUUCUAUGUGUAUGUGUAUGCGUAUCGAUUUAAAUGGUUUUACUUUAUUUAUGUAAUUAGUAGGCUUCUGUAUUAUUUGUAAAAAUUGUGAGCGAGUGUUGUGCUAGCAGGAGGCAGCCUCUAGUUUUAUUUUUACCCUGUGUGCAUUUCCAGCAUUUGUUUCUGUUUUGAGAACUGUUUUAGACUCCAGCCGCCACCACGUAACGUAGCGAUGAAGUCGGACAAAAGUGGGGACGCCUAUAUAUCAGCAGCAACAAUAUUUUAGUUGAUAAUCUAGCCCUAAUUUUAAGUAAUGCAAGGAACCCAAUUAACCUAAAAACAAAUUAGCGCAAAGUUUAAACUGAUAGUUGGGGAGAAAUGUAAGAGAUAAAUCCUAAAUUCCACUAAUGCAGAGAUUAUAAAUAUAACAACAAAAAAAACAACACUUUUAAAUCAAAUCUAGAGUAUUUUUUUGUACAUGACAAUGUGUAGAACGAGUUGUAAAAAUCUAAGGAAUGCAUAAACUAAUUGAUUAUUAGAACAAACGAAUUGUACGACCUAAAAUGCCUACACACAACUGAACCAUAAGCUAAAAAGCGGAUGCAUUUAUAUAUUUUCAAGCCGUCAACUUUGAUAAACGUAUUUAAACAAAUCUACAACAGAAUAAACUUGAGCUGCGCAAUAAUAAUAAUUUUUAAGAUUUACAAAUAGAAAUAAUGGAUUAAUAAAAUGGCAAAACUUAACGCAUACAAUUUGUACCAAAAACAAAAAAAAUAAAGAACAAUGAAAAUUCACACAAACUAAAUAAAGAUUUAUAUAUGCGAUAAGAGCGAGAAGAAAGUGAAGAAAAAACUAUAGAGAAUGCUGAAUCAAAAUAAAUAUCACGCAAAAUCAACCACAUGAA